GGGACACGGGAAGAGAAGGGAAGCACAAGACAACUUUCUUUUUAUUCCCUAAAGUGAGGAUGCCACCUUUUCAAGAUUUACAUUUGUUCUCCACAUUUGUAUGUGACUUUGCCGGCCGACUUUUGAUUAUGUAGACUUUUGACUUUGAUUAGUCCUAGAAUAACCAAACAAACAGACCAAUGUGACUUUGCUUGUUCCAACACCCCACAAUUCGGGAGAACUUCGUAAGAAAACGGACAAAUGGAAAUCAAAACCGGAAACCCGAACAUUCAGCCUGAAAACCUGGCGGGUGCAACGAGUAAGAUAUUGUGUAAUCGAUUAUUCCCUUGCGAUUCGCUUUAUUACUAAUCGCGACCAUUCCUCGUGGAAUUUUGUCAAGGAAGUGUGUCACUCUUGUCGUGGCAUCCGUUCGCUCUGAUCUGCAAAUGAGACCGGCCUUGACAAGUGCCUGGCAGGCAGAAGGAGUGAGUGAAGGAAAUCCCAGCACUGAUAUGUCUCAGCCACUUCCCUCUUGGACAGAAACUAAUGCGGCUGCCGGAGGCGAGAACUCCACAGCGGCAGAGAGACCGGAGGAGACACACACGGACGCUAUGGGUCUGUCCACAGGAGACCAGGGCAAGGGCAGCACAGAAGCAAACACUACCCGGCAGGACACCGCUGUCAUCGGGCCCGGGAUCCCUGAGCUUCCUUCAGCCUCCAAGCUGUGCGGUUAUCUCCACAAGCAGGGCGGACCCCUCAAAACCUGGAAGUUCCGCUGGUUCACCUACGAAGAGAAUAAAUGCCAACUGUUUUACUAUCGCACAGCCCAGGACGUGAAUCCGCUCGGCAGGGUAGAACUCUACAGUGCUACCUUUGGCUACCCGUUGCAAAGCGAGGAGGGGACAUUCCACAUACAGACUCCAGAACGCACAUUCGUGCUCAAGGCAGCGAAUAGGGAUGCUAAGAUGUACUGGCUCCAGCAGCUGCAGCUGAGACGGCUGCAGCACAGAAAACAACUGACUGCGUACUCCUCUGUGACGGCCCCACAGAACUGCAAGGAGGAGAGCCAGCAGCUGCACGACGCCUGCUCUGUCGCAGCAAACUUCCUGCCCGUCGUGAAGCUACCCCAUGGGCUGGUGGGGGAGGAAGCAGCUCGUCAGCCUGUGCAGAAGAACCCCCUCAACGUCUCCAUCAAGCACCCGCUCAUCGAGAUUCAAAACUCAGUAUAUAGCUUGCUCCUUCGUCGGCCCUCUCAGGAACAGAGUAUGUUUUGGGUGGAAUCCAAUACCAGCCCCACUGAUGGCCUCAAAACAGACUCAUCCAAUCCCUCACCCAGUAUACCCAGUGAGCCCCAGUGCCCUGACUCAAACCAUGCUCUUCUCGCCCUUGAAGUGGCCCCUGCUGAUCUUCCUGAGAGGAUGGGUCCCACUGCACCGCGCUGUAAGCAGCUGUGCGACAGCUGCCGAUCCCCCGCUUCCGCUCUGCCCAGCGGGAAAAAGGAAAAAUGCUUCUCGGCCACGUUGCCCAUUGACCACAAGGAGGACCGAGCCGCCCGCCUCAAGCAGGAGAACCUGACGCUGGCCGAAGAGGUCAAAGCCCAGAAGGAACUGGUGUGGCUGCUGCACCAGGCCCUGGAGGCGGCGCAGAUGGAGAAGCGGACCUGCACGCAGUUCAUGGCGGCCAAGGGCGAGCAGGCUCGCCUGGAGCUCCUGCGUCACGGCGAGCGGCGCGCCGCUGACCUACAGCGGCGUCUGGAACGCCUGCGCGCAGAGAGCGAGGCCUUGCGGCAGAGCCUGGCCGAGCGGGAUGCCCACGUGGCCGAGCUGCAGGAUAGCCUCCGCCUCCUGCUGGAGAAGAACCAGGCCAAGCAAGAGGUCAUCCUCAAGCUCUCGGAAAAAGUGGCAGCAUGCAUGGAUGACCCCCGCCACACCCUCAGCUUCGAGCACCGCAGCGCUGAAACUUUCAGGCACCUCAUGCAGGAGACAGACGGCCUCAAGGAUGAUUUGGAAGCCUACAAAACGCAGAACAAGUUUCUGAACUCUGAGAUCCAUCAGCUGACCAAACUGUGGCAGAACAGCUCGGAGCAGGAGAAAAGCCUUAUGGUAAAGGUGGCCUAUCUGGAGGCCAGCAACUGUCAGAUGGAGAGUCGGUACCUCGGGGUCCUGCGAAAACUCCAGGAGAAAAAGGAACUAAAUGCAGAGCAAAAGGAUGCCGUGGGGAAGUUAAUAGAGGAAGCACUGCAAGCCAAUCUGAAGGAUGUUCUCCGACUCGACACUGUCAGGUGUAUGCCACUGUUCCUCAUGGAGUAUGACGAGUACGGUUUUAAGAUCCUCCCUGACUACGAGGUGGAGGACAUGAGGUUGCUGGCUAAAAUCCGCCUGGAGAUCCGUUCACACAACCUGCACCGGGACAUGGGAGAGCACUCACUGCUGGCCCGCUGGACCCAGCACCUGGGUGGCCGCUCACCCGACGACCUCUGCCCGGGCCCGGAGCUGAAGGCCCUGUUACGGGCGGGCGUCCCGCGCGGGUACCGGCCCCGCGUGUGGCGCUGGAUGGUGCGGCAGCAGGACUCGGCAGCUCCGCGACCUCCAACCCAGAUCUCUUCCCAGCAGCUGUGCGAGAAGACCGCCACACCGCACCCAGUCUCCCGGCAGAUCCAGCUGGACCUGCACCGCACGCUCACCACCAACCGGCACUUCUGCUCACCCUCUAGUCCCCAGCUGCGGCAGCUCCGCAGGGUGCUAUUGGCCUUCUCCUGGCACAACCCCGCCGUCGGCUACUGCCAGGGACUCAACAGGUUGGCUGCCAUUGCAUUGCUGGUACUGCAGAGUGAAGAAGAGGCCUUCUGGUGUCUUCUGGCUAUAGUGCAGUUCCUCGUGCCUCAGGACUACUAUACCAAAACUCUUCUGGGCUCGCAGGCGGACCAGCGUGUGUUUAAGGACUUCAUGGCAGAAAAGAUGCCAAGGCUGGUAGCCCACCUGGAGGUGCACAGUGUGGAUGUUUCGCUGAUCACUUUUAACUGGUUCCUGGUGGUGUUUGUGGAGAGUCUUCCCAGUGACAUCCUGCUCAAGGUCUGGGAUGCCUUCUUCUACGAAGGAACAAAGGUGAUAUUUCGGUAUGCACUCGCCCUUUUCAAAUACAACGAGGAGGAAAUCUUGAAGAUCCAUGAUAGCGUGGAAAUUUAUCAGUACCUCCGCUUCUUCACCAAAACCAUCACAGACAGCAGGAAGUUGACUGCCAUUGCCUUUGGGGAUCUGAACCCGUUCCCGAUGAAGGUCCUGCGGAACCGGCGUGCGCUGCACCUGCAGCGGCUGCAGGCGGAGUUGCGGGAGCUGGAGCGGCUGCAGGAGGAGUACACCUCCGAGAACGAGCCGCACAAGUACUUGGACCUGAUCGCCAGCGAGGAUGACGAAGACGCAUAGAUACACACACACACACACACACACACACACACACACACACACACACACUGAUGAGGUCCAUCACAACUGGGAAAAACAAGGGAUUUACCAGUAGGGGGCACUAGAGCCUAUAAUGUGUAGUAGGGUCUAGUAGAGUAAGCUGUCAACAAACGCUCUUAAUUAAACAAUUAUCAAAAAACAAAAAACAACUAUCUAGGAGGUUUGCACGUCAAAUAUUGUGAAGAAUUGUUAUUAAAAUAAGAGAAAUAUUGAAAGCAUCCUGGUUUUGAACAGAGUAAAAUAAGACAAUGCAUUACACUAAUAUUUAGUGUAAGAUCAUCAGAAAAUAUAAACUUAUCACUUAAACAAUAAUUUUAUACUGAGGCACCUAUAUUAGUAUGCAAUAUAUUUACAUUUAUAAUAAACAUUUUGUAAUACAACUGUUAAAAUAAUGUCCCUCUUAGAUUCACGUGUGUGGACUGACCCUUCGAUCAUCUACACAUACCACAUUGGGUACCAUUCAGCACCUAUACAAUAAAAGCUGAGGACAUGGGCUUAAAAUGUUUUCACUUUAUUACUUUAAAAAAACAAGGUACAUAUGAAAUCAUAAAUAUAAAAAUCAAAGCAAACCAAAAGGAACACAAGGAAAAACUUUCAAACGUUACAAACAACUUUACUGCAGGUAAAAUCUAAGAGCUAAUGUUACACCAGACAAGUAAACUGAUGUAUUGCCUAUUCAUAACAAUAUCUGUCGACAGAAACAGCCUGUUGCCCAGGGUGAAGAGAAUAAAAGCACAGGUUCCCAUAAUGAAGAGGAUAAACAGACCAACAUGUCCAACAAAAUAAAAAAACAACAAAAACAAACGGUGACUUGUUGAAUAAAGCUAUUGUUCUAGAAGUUAAAGUCAGUGUAAGUCACAUGGAUUCUAAUGCUGAACAAUUCACGACCUACAAAAAU